GGCAGGAUAGGCCAGGCUAGAGGCAUGCACUGCUCACCUCCUCUACACUGGAACAGUCCCUCUAAAGAGCUUGAACCUAUACAUCCAGAAGUAGUGGGAGGCAGAGAGAAGACUUUGGGUAAGAUGACAGGGGAAAGACCAGGCUAGCUGGUAGAAGUUGCUUCAGAUGUGCUCUGCUGGUGAAUGAGGGGCUCAAAACCGUCGCCAUGAGCUCCCAUUUGGAACCCUCCGGUGUUAAUGGAUCAAGCAGAGUUGGAGGUCGUGGAAGUGAAGAUGAUCGUGAAGAAAACAGCAACAACGAGACUUACACUCCAUUCUUAAAGACAGUGAGACCUAGGUUGAGGAGUGCAGAUCCAGCCGGAGAGGGAAGGUCGAGCAGUGUGGAGCAGCUGGUGAGACCUGCCCUGCCAGGGAGGAAAGCACACAGAAAGACCUGCAUCAAGGACAACAGAGGAAGAUGGAGAGAGGGAAAUCAAGACAGGGAUGAGGAGAGACAAAAUGUUGAACACACAGGAAGCAGGGAAAAAGGAAAACAAAGGCAGAGAAAGACUGAAAGAACUGGUACACAUGGAGCUGGAGCCCAGGACAGACAAGGGACAGGAAGCGCUGAAAGUUUGUCUAGCAGUAAUUCUGACAUCCAGUUAAACAGCCCUUUGGAAGGAGCGAACAACUUGCAGAGAGGAUCCACGUGCCCUAGACCUCCCAGUAUUGGCUGCACCCGGAACAUCACCGCCAAUUUAAACCCCCAAUCCCCUCAGCCAGCAAUGAGGUCCAUGUCUUCUGCUCUCCCUCAGCCUCCCAUCCAAACCAGAUCCACAACUCUGUCCCCUCAGAGACUUUCAUCCAGAACAGCAGCAGGAGACCUGCACUGCAACCCAUUUAGUUUGCCCAGAGAGACAGAUCCAUUCUGGAUGGAGGUGAGAACAGGGACAGCAACUGGACGAUCGUCACAAAGCCAUCUGACACACAUCCCAUCUCUCACCAACUCAGAGCUAGGAGAAGAAGAAGAGGAGGAGGAGGAAGAGGAUGUGGACGAUGGCGAGGAAGGAGGCAGUGGUGUGAUGGAGGUGAUAGGUCAAACCAUGACCUCAGCAGUGGUGCCACCUUGUGUUCCUUUUCUCCCUGAGAGGAGGAUGAGUAAAAGAGAGAAGAACAGGAUUAAGUGUCUGAGGAGGAGGCAGAGAAGAAGGGAAAGGUGGAGACAAAGUCAACUGCAAGAGAGCAGACAGAGUUCAACAGGGAACCCAUCCAGCAGCAGUAGCGAGGAUGAUGAGGACAUGAGCGCUUUUGACAGAGAAGGUUACAUCUGCGCUGUGUGUUUGGAUGUAUACUUCAGUCCUUACAUGUGUCACCCCUGCAACCACAUCUUCUGUGAACCCUGUCUGAGGACACUGGCUAAGAACAGCCCCACCAACACCCCCUGCCCCCUCUGCAGAACAAUCAUCACACAUGUCUUCUUCCAGAAGGAGCUAAACCAAACAGCAAGAACAUUCUUCCCAAAGGAAUACCUUUCCCGGAAACAAAACUUCCAGAAAGCAAGUUGUGCAAAGUGGCCUCUCCCAAGCUGCCGGAAACUCUUCCGUAUCUUUGGAGGCUUCCAGAGGCAGUCCAGUCCCAUUGCUAGACGCCAGUUCCCCCAUGGAGGAGGCUACCGUCUGGACGCUCUGGACUUUGAGGAUGACUCUCGAGGCUGGCGUUUUGACAUGGACAUGGUCAUCAUCUAUAUCUACUCAGUCAACUGGGUUAUUGGCUUCUUCAUAUUCUGCUUCCUUUGCUACCUCUUCUUCCCUUCUUUUUGACAGUCAUAGCUAAAAUGAUGGAGCAACAUAGAAAGAGGAAAGGUUGAGGAUACUGCAGGAUGAGGGUAAAGUAAGGAAAUAAAAUGAAGCAGAGGGCAGACAAGCACAUAUAUAUAGGGGAAACUAAGCUGUAGGCUUUAAUGAGAAGACAAGCAGGGAAACAACAGCUGGUGGCAGCUUGUUUUCUCUCAUUAAUAAAUGAUUGAAAUGGGGAAAUGGUGUAGGAGGAUGUUUGGGAAUCCAAUGUUCUCUGUCUCCACAUGUUGCACAUGUAAUGUGGGUUGCACAACAUGUCCUGUUCCUGUAUGGAUGGGAGAUAAAACAUAUAUUAUGUCACGUAUAACAUCUCCUAGGUUGUAGUGUUUUACUUUCAACAUAAUUUACAUACAUACUAUUAAUGCUUAUUUUUUUGAUUAGCAGCACAGCCAACUUACUCCUAGUCUGAUUACUUUCAAUGACAUAUUAAUGUAAGUACUAGAAAUAACAAAAGUGGAAAAUUCCAAUUAGCUUUUCUUCAAUUUCAUACUUACCAACCCAAAACAUUAUCUCAUUUUGAGAUGUGCAGUCGUGACAAAACAUAUGGUAAUGCUUUAAAAUACGACAAACAUCUUUGUAUUCCGAAUUUUUCACUUAUGAAUUCAAACAGUAUUGUCAAAAUCUAAUUUAGAAACUUCUGAUGGACAGUGGAACCAAUUUGCAAUAUAUUUUAUCAUUAGGAAACACAAGCAUGAGCAGCUGCUACAAUGAGGUAGAGAUGCUUGUUUAUACUUUUGCCCAAAACAUACCAGAACAUACCAUUUCAGUACUACCACAGGUAUUGCAUAUUCCAAUGAUAAUACUGUAAUGUAAAUCAUAGUUUAUUAUUAUUAUUAUUAUUAAUGAUAAUAAUAAUAAUGACUAACCCACAAUAAAACAAAAAAGACUAACAUGAGUGAGCAGUUUUUGGGUGGAUUUUCAAGUUUAUGCAUCCUCAGAAAACUUCUUUAAAUACGAGAUUUGCUCUUUGGUAUGGGUUGAGACCAUUUGUUUAUGGUUUUAUGAACCUCUGUGUUCCAAUUUACCGCCAUACACCAUAUCCUUGCUACUAAAACCUUUUUAGUUGGCACUUGUGUUAUAAUAUACAGUAUGUCUUGCUAGAUGUUUUUAAUUUGCUGUUUUUCAACAAGAAGGAACUUUGUGGUUUUUAUUGUUCUUAAGCACCCCCUGGAGGGAAUAAUGUUGAAAUAAGUCACUGUAUUUUAUAUCAAAAGUUACACAGAAACACAUACAUACAGGUAUGUAGAUGUGGCUUUGAUAUGAAUUUGUAAAUUUAAGCGGUUUCCAAUUUGGUAAUGAAAUCAUGUGUUAGAGCCAAAUAAAUUGCUUUUACCUGACACAAUU